UUCUGUCGUUCCCCCAGUGAUCUUUGGGGCAUUUAGGUGACUUUAAUUGUCCUCAUGACAAUAAAAGCAAGGUUCUAGGUGCUUUGAAGUUCAGAGAGGCCACGGCUCACAUGCAGCUCCAGUGAGUGAAGGUGUGUCAUCGUUUUUAAAGGAGAGGAAUAGGAUUGCUGGUGAGGACUGGGAAAGAAGGGGUGGUGAGUAAAUGAAGGGAAAAGUUCCAGGUGUCUCUGAUAAGGCUCACAUGGCCAGAGGGAUCUGGAGGAAGAGAGAGAGAGAGAGAGAGAGAGAGAGAGAGAGAGAGAGAGAAAGAGAGACCUGGCUGCUCUGCACCGGGCAACUUGGGGCUCACAACUUAAAAGGGAGGGAACAGUGUGGGAGGGGCUAAGAGAAAAAGGGAGAGAGAGUGAGAGAGAGAGAGAGAGAGAGAGAGAGAGAGAGAGCACAAGACAGCAACUGCAAGAAAGAAAGCGAGACAGAUAGUAGAAGAGCGGAAAAAAAAUAGUUCUGACACACACACACACCCACACACACACCCACACAGAUCUUCAAAGCCGAGUGCUUUUCAUGGACUGCCUAUUAGCUAAAAAGAUUACAUCUGGGGCCCUGCUCUGAAUAAAUAAGGUGAGAAGAGUGGCAGAGCUCAGUCACUUCAGAGGGAGAGAUCCAUCCUGCUCCACCUCAGGACCCACAACUUAAACUUCGGUAAAGAGCAGGACACACAGGAGGGACUCUUCACAUAGAGAAGAGGAAAGGAGUGGAAGAGGCACGCUCUCGUCUCUUUCACUGCCCACACAGACUCACUUGCAGAGGGACCAGGGAUUACACGAGUUUUGGAUUCUCCCAUCUUCUGUCAAGAGCAUAUUUGCAAUUCAUGAAUCAAAUUAAAUUUGGACAUUUUUUUUUCCUCUCCAAAGGACAUUUUUCUUCUCCCUGAUUUUUCAGAGGUUGACUGGAGCUCUUUGACAGCACUGUGGGUCCGUCUCCAAGGGCAAGAGGGUGAGUGAACCGAGUUAUGGAUGUUGACACCUUCCUUUCGGACACGAAGGGAACCAGGUCCAGAGUAGGAAUUGACAUUUACAUCGGACGCUCGGGGCUCUGCCCCCUGGCCUCUUCCCUUCUCCCAGGCAGCUCACCAGCAUGUACCUUUCUGUGAGGCUCUUCCCAGUCCUCCACCCUCCAGUACAAUGUGCACAUGGGAAGUGACUAAGAGUGCCGCAGCCUGGGUUCGUGUGUCCUACCUGUCCUCGCUGCUGCUGCUGCUCGUGCUCGCGUUCUCGGCUCUGCCCGUGGCAUGCCACGAUGCCCGCAGGGCCGCACGUACCUCCAGGGUGGCCAACAACUCGUCCUCGACCGCCAUGGUGGUGGGCCGGCAUGUCCGCAGCUACAGCCACCUCACAGGAGAUGUGCGCCGCAGGAAGCUCUUCUCCUAUCAGAAGUUUUUUCUCAGGAUUGAUAAGGACGGCACUGUCAAUGGCACCAAGACCAAGGACGAUCCGUUCAGUAUACUCGAAAUCAAGUCUGUGGAUGUUGGAAUUGUGGCAAUUAAAGGCCUCAAUAGCAACUAUUACCUUGCGAUCAACAAGAAAGGGGUGGUGUAUGGAGCGAAGGAGUUUGGCACUGACUGCAAGCUGAUAGAGCGGAUCGAGGAGAACCGGUACAACACGUACGCCUCGGCAGAGUGGAAGAACAAGAAGAAGCACAUGUUCGUGGGUCUGAGCGCCAACGGCAAGCCAAUGAGGGCCAAGAAGACGCGGAGAAAAAACACGGCCACACACUUCCUGCCCAUUCCCAUCGCAUAG